AUGAUUACUAAAUCAAAACCUUAUUUUGAUGCAAAAUUCAAAGCAGAAAAUGAGCUUAAAAAUCAAAAAUGUCGUAUUGAAGAUAUACAAAAAGCAAUAAUUCAAGCCAAAAAAACAUAUCGUACAGCAUUGAAUAAUCUUGAACAAAUAUCCGAUGAAAUUCAUACAAAACGUAAAAAUGAAAUUCUAAUAAAACUUCCUCUACGUGAACCAACUAUCGGUGCUGAAAAAUCCGAUGAAUUUAUUGAAUUACCUAAUCUUGAAUUUUCAAAAAUUGAUCUUUCUGAUGAAUUGUCUGAUAAUGAUUUUUCAAAGUCCAUGAAUUCAUUACCAAUUAAUACAAGUAUGAAUUGCAUUUAUCCAUCAUCUAACAAUAUUUCACCAUUAAUAAAUAAUAAAUUUCAAAAUCAUUUUACUACGCAAACAAUUACAUGUGAAAAUAAUUAUCAACAACUACGAAAACAUAUAACAACAAAUAAAAAUAGUAGAAUAAAACAGAUAGGAAUAUUAAUGAAUAAUGAAACGCCAUUGCUUUCACAUCUUUUUGGAACAAAUAAAUUUCAUAGUGAUUCAAAUUUAAAUAUCAUAACAAAAUAA